AUGGAUUAUUCAAGCAAGAUUACUGAUCCAUAUCCAGAGACCCGGCAUGUGAUUUCUGGCAUUAGCGCACCUCAGUAUUCCCAAGCAAGAAUGGUAUCAUCCCUAGGAUCCCCAUAUGGAAGUGUGUUGAGAUCAUCCAAUGGGGUUGUUUAUUCAUCAGUUGCAGCCCCAGUCCCAUCUACAUUUGCUAUUACCACACAGCCUGGUUCUAUUUUCAGUACUUCAGUUCGAGACCUGUCUUCUCUUCAUACCAUUGAUACAAUGCCUUCGUUAUCAAACUUGCAACAGAGCCAGGCACUCCCAAGAUCAUUACAUUUUUUGACAACAAUAGCCUCUGAAAAAGACAGUUCAGUUACUGGCAUUGACCCUGGGAUGCAACCUCUCCCUCUAGAAACUAUUACUACUGAGUCAACACCGCCUGUCUUUAGUACGGCUUCUGAAGCUUUUAUAGAUGGAAUUGAAGAUGAAGGAAGAGUUCUCAUUGGCCCUGAAGAAGACAAACAACAGCAUCUUGACCUAGAACGUGAGCUUCUAGAGCUUGAAAAACUGAAGCAGCAGCGCUUUGCAGAAGAGCUAGAAUGGGAACGUCAAGAAAUACAAAGGUUUAGAGAACAAGAGCAGUUCAUGGUUCAAAAGAAGCUUGAGGAAUUACAUUCAAUGAAGCACCAUCUUCUCUAUCAGCAGGAAGAAGAGAGGCAAGCUCAAUUCAUGAUGAGACAAGAAACACUGGCUCAGCAGCAGUUACAUAUUGAACAAAUCCAACAACUUCAACAGCAGCUUCACCAGCACUUAGAAGAGCAAAAAAUCCACCAGAUCUAUCAAUAUAAUUUCGAUCCUUCUGGAACUGUGUCCCCACAAACAACCACAGAUCAAGUCCUUCUUGAUGGCCAAUAUGCUGCAAACAACCAGUUCUGGCCUAGUGAGGAGGUGACAACAACUACAUCUACUAUCCUGGGGAUUGAAAUUCCAGAGAGCCAAGGCUGGUACACUGUUCAGUCAGAUGGUAUUACUCAGUACAUUCCUAAGCCAGGGAUGUUAAGUACUCUUUCUGAGAUCUCUCUUAAAGACAUGGAUGUGAGAGAGGAAAAACAACUAAAAAAGAAGAUUUCCACACCAAAGCUUCAUGGCCUUUAUGAGGAACAUGACAAAGGCAUUGAAGGUGAACCCAGGGGUCUUAAAAAGAUAGUAGAGAGCGGUGUUCAAACUGAUGAUGAGGAUAAUGCAGACAUAGGCUAUGCAGACAGGAGACGUAGAACUAAAAAGAGCGUUGAUACAAGUGUUCAGACGGAUGAUGAGGAUCAAGAUGAAUGGGAUCCUAUCAACAGAUCAAGAAGAAAGACUCGUGUAGGGAAAUAUGAGGGGACCACUGAAGUGGACAAGGCUAAACCAUUUUCCAAAGUCUCCAGUAUUGCAGUGCAGACUGUGGCAGAGAUAUCUGUACAAACUGAGCCUGUGGGGACAAUAAGGACUCCAUCAGUAAGGGCCCAGUUAGAUGCAAAGAUAGAAAUAGUCAAACACAUUUCAGCUCCAGAAAAGACAUACAAAGGAGGAAGUUUGGGAUGUCAGACAGAAGCAGAUUCAGAUACCCAGAGUCCCCAAUAUCAUAAAGUCACUUCACCUCAGAAAGAUAAAAAGCGCCCAAUGCCAUUAGAAAUAGGAUAUUCAUCCCAUCUUCAUCCAGAAACCACACUUCAGGUAGUUCCUUCAGCUCCUAAAUCUCCCAAAGUCCUCUAUUCUCCCAUUUCACCUGUUUCUCCAGCUGCAGUCAUGGAGUCAGCCUUUGUACCCUAUGAGAAGUUGAUUGCUGAAGAUAUUAGUCCUCAGAAAAUUCUACAUGCUGAUGUCACCACAGUUCCUCAAUUGAGCCCAAAGUCUGCCAAGGUGAUCCAGUGCUCUUUGUCUGAUCCUAAGCCUCUAAGCCCCACAGCUGAAGAUCUUUCCAGAACUCAUUUCCAGUACACAGAUGGCUUUUUGCAAGCUAAAGAACCUUCAAGUGCAGCAUCAUCAGGAAUGCAAAAAAAGGUCAAAAGAACCCUACCCAACCCACCUCCAGAGGAUGUUGCAGUAGGAACACAAUCAGCCUUCCCCACUGUUGGAUCAACUUCACGCCGAAGGAUAUGCAGAAGCAAUACAAUGGCCAGAGCUAAAAUCCUUCAGGAUAUAGACAGAGAACUAGAUUUGGUAGAAAGAGAAUCAGCUAAGCUUCGCAAAAAACAAGCAGAGCUUGAUGAGGAAGAAAAAGAAAUAGAUGCAAAACUCCGGUAUCUAGAAAUGGGCAUAAAUCGACGCAAAGAAGCCCUGUUAAAAGAAAGAGAAAAGAGAGAGAGAGCCUACCUGCAAGGUGUAGCAGAGGAACGUGAUUAUAUGUCUGACAGUGAAGUUAGCAGCACCAGGCCUAGCAGGGUAGAAUCCCAGCAUGCCUUGGAAAGGCCAAGAACUGCACCCCAAACAGAAUUUGAUCAAUUUAUACCCCCACAGACACAACCAGAAACUCAAUUUACAACUCCUACAAGUCCUUAUACUCAGUAUCAAUAUUCUUCACCUGCCCUUCCUACUCAGGCACCAACUCAAUAUACUCAGCAAUCACAUUACCAACAGCAGCAGCCUUUAUAUCAACAGCAGGUUUCACCCUAUCAGACUCAAACUGUGGUGACCAUGCCCUUUACACCUGAAGCUCAACCACCACCAACUUUACAACCUUCCUAUCAGCUGUCAUCACCAUUGAUGAUGAUCCCACAAAAAACAAGGCAAACUCCAUUAUACCUGGAACCCAAAAUAACAACAAACUAUGAUGUAAUUCGCAAUCCACCCCUCAUGAUAGCAUCUGCUUCCUCUGAUAAUUCAUAUUCAGUGCCUCAUUUGGGUAGCAAGUAUAGUACUUUGGAUUUAAGACUGGGACUGGAUGAAAGAAGCAGCAUAGCUAGUAGUCCCAUCUCAAGCGUAUCUGGUGACUCAUUCUAUGCAGACAUUGACCACCACAGCACACGCAGUUAUGUGCUGAUUGAUGAUAUUGGGGAUCUCACUAAAGAAACAUCAACCCUAAGUUCUGCAUAUGGCCUACAUGAAAAGGAUCUCAGCAAAACAGAAAGGCUCCUUCGAACCACCGAGGCUCGGAGAGUGCAAGAAGUCUCAGAUUUCCUUGCACCACUACAAACUUCUUCUAGACUGCACAGCUACAUGAAAACUGAUGAAGACUCGAUGGAGGAUCCUUAUGAAUUGAAACUUCUAAAACAUCAAAUCAAGCAGGAGUUCCGAAGGGGUGCAGAAAGCAUGGAUCACUUGGCUGGCCUUUCACACUAUUAUCAUGCAGAUACUAAUUACAGACAUUUCCCCAAAUCUGAGAAAUAUAGCAUAAGCAGGCUUACUUUAGAAAAGCAAGCUGCCAAGCAGCUUCCAGCAGCUCUUCUUUAUCAGAAGCAAUCAAAACACAAAAAGGCUUUGAUAGAUCCCAAAUUAUCUAAAUUUUCACCAAUUCAGGAAAGCAGAGACCUUGACCUUGAUUAUUCAACCUAUUUGACUUCCAACACAUCAUCAGUAGGUAGUAUCACCUCCAAAGCAAAGCUUCUCCAAGAUGAUAUAACAUUUGGCCUUCGAAAAAAUAUUACAGACCAACAAAAGUACGUAAGUCCAGGUUUAACCCAUUCCCUUGGAACAAGCCUUGGGGCAGCACUGAGUGUAACAAUGAGGUCAACUUUACAAGAUGAUGCUGACAAAUCUUAUGCCAGUACUACUAGAUCUAGACCUUCCUCACGGCCAUCCUCUGUCUAUGGGCUUGACUUAUCACUAAAACGAGAUACUUCCAGUUCUUCUUUAAGAAUGAAAACCCAAGAAGCUGAACCCCUAGAUGGUUCCUUCAGCCAUGCUGCUCCUUCUGGAAGAACUAAACCUACCAGUCUACCUAUAAGUCAAAGCAGAGGACGGAUUCCAAUAGUAGCACAGAACUCAGAAGAAGAGAGUCCUUUAAGUCCAGUGGGCCAGCCAAUGGGAAUGGCAAGAGCAGCAGCUGGGCCAUUACCACCUAUAUCUGCAGACACCAGGGACCAGUUUGGCUCAAGUCAUUCAUUGCCUGAAGUCCAACAGCAUAUGAGGGAAGAAUCACGACCUCGAGGCUAUGAUCGAGAUAUUGCUUUCUUCAUGGAUGAUUUCCAGCAUGCCAUGUCAGAUAGUGAAGCCUACCACCUGCGUCGGGAAGAAACAGAUUGGUUCGACAAACCCCGAGAGCCUCAUCUUGAGAAUGGAUCUGGUUUUGACAGAAGGCUGCCAGAUAAGUUAGCCCACUCGAGACCACCAAGUCAGCAUCAAGACCAAAUUAUUGGGAAGCCUAUCCAAUACAUCUUUCCCCAUGCAAGGCUGAAACUGUUGAGAGACCCGAAGGAUCACUCUGUGUCAGGCAAUGGGCUUGGGAUCCGAGUUGUAGGUGGGAAAGAAAUCCCUGGAACCAAUGGAGAAAUUGGCGCUUACAUUGCAAGGAUCCUACCAGGUGGAAAUGCUGAGCAAACGGGGAAACUUACAGAAGGCAUGCAGGUGCUGGAAUGGAAUGGCAUUCCCUUGACAGGCAAGACCUACGAAGAGGUCCAGAGUAUCAUCAGUCUACAGAGUGGGGAAGCUGAAAUAUGUGUAAGACUGAAUAUCAGCAUGCUGUCAGAUGGUGAGAAUUCACAACAUCUGGAAUUGCUUGAGCCAGGAAAGACUGUGGAUAAAACAAAAUCCCCAGGAGUUGAUCCUAAGCAAUUGGCUGCAGAACUGCAAAAGGUUUCUCUGCAACAGGCUCCCCUGAUUGCCUCUUCAGCAAUGGAGAAGGGGUCCCAUGCACAUUCUGGGACAACAUCAGCCACCUCCAGUUCUGUUCCUAGCCCCGGGCAACCUGGUUCUCCUUCAGUUAGCAAGAAACGGCACAGUAACAAGCCUACUGAAGCUUCCAAGUGUGGUCCCCAUCCAAUAACUGGAGAAAUCCAGCUUCAAAUCAACUAUGACAAGCACCUUGGUAAUUUGAUUAUUCACGUCCUUCAAGCAAGAAACCUUGCUCCCCGUGACAACAAUGGUUAUUCUGACCCUUUUGUCAAAGUUUACCUUCUACCAGGAAGAGGCCAAGUCAUGGUUGUCCAGAAUGCAAGUGUUGAAAACAAGAGAAAGACAAAAUAUAUACAGAAAAGCUUGAAUCCUGAAUGGAACCAGACUGUUAUUUAUAAAAGCAUCUUCAUGGAGCAGCUGAAGAAGAAAACUCUGGAAGUUACUGUCUGGGACUAUGACAGAUUUUCCUCCAAUGACUUCCUGGGUGAAGUCUUAAUUGAACUCUCUAGUGCCUCUCCACUGGAUAAUACUCCUCGGUGGUAUGCUCUGAAGGAACAGAGUGAAAGCAUCGACCAUGGGAAAUCCCAUUUGGGGCAGAGUAGCCAACAGUCUCCAAAACCAUCAGUCAUCAAGAGCAGAAGUCAUGGUAUUUUUCCUGACCCAUCAAAAGAUAUGCAGAUGCCCACCAUUGAAAAGUCCCACAGCAGUCCAGGAAGUUCCAAAUCUUCCUCCGAGGGACAUCUGCGUUCUCAUGGACCAUCUCGCAGCCAAAGCAAAACCAGUGUCACUCAAACUCACCUUGAAGACGCUGGGGCAGCCAUCGCUGCUGCUGAAGCAGCUGUCCAACAGCUCCGCCUCCAACCAACAAGGUCUACCAACCACCGACCAGGAGAAAGUUCAGUCUCUUCCACUGGCUCAUCAACAAGCACCUUUGGCAGUGGAUACAGCAUGGACAGUGAAGGAAGCAACACCACCACCACAGGGGACAACAAUCUUUUUCCCAUUCCAAGAAUAGGAAAGAUGAGCCAGAAUGGUCAAGAAGCAGUGAAGCAGUCAGGAGUGGGAUUAACAGAGGCUGAAGGUAAAACUCAGGUGAUGGGUGAAAUAAAGAUUGCUUUAAAGAAGGAAAUGAAGACUGAUGGAGAACAGCUAAUAGUGGAAAUCCUGCAAUGCAGGAAUAUAACUUAUAAGUUUAAAUCUCCAGAUCACUUACCAGAUCUAUAUGUAAAGUUAUAUGUUGUCAACCUUGGAACUCAAAAGAGAGUGAUGAAGAAGAAAACAAGAGUCUGCAGGCAUGACCGAGAACCUUCAUUCAAUGAAACUUUUCGAUUCAGCUUGAGUCCCACUGGCCAUUCUCUCCAGAUUCUUCUUGUUUCUAGCGGAGGAAAGUUUAUGAAGAAGACCUUGAUUGGUGAAGCAUAUAUUUGGCUUGAUAAAGUGGACCUCAGGAAAAGAAUCGUAAACUGGCACAAACUUUUGGCUAACUCCACACAAGCUCAUUGAGCAAAGAUGUCCUUGUUUGGUGUCAGACAGAUCAAGCCGGAAGAGUCUACUUGUGUGAUUCCAAGACUCCAGUUGACUCCACUUUGAUGUUAGGUUUAGGUAGGCUUUCAGAAUAUGAAAUAAGUAAGACAUGUUCUGGGCCACUUAGCUCAUUUUUAUGAGGGCU